AUGGGUCAAGGAAGUUUGAGAGUUUGGAAGCCUAAAGAUAUAAUUAGAGAUAUGAAUGCUUUGCUACAAAUAAAUAUGAGUUAUUCACAAGCGUGGCAUGCUAGAGAAUUUUCUCUGGGAUUGAUGAUAGGGAUCCCCGAAGAAAGUUUCUCUAAACUUCCAGUUUAUUUUCACAAUAUGAAGAAACAUAAUCCUGGUACUGUGGCGUACAUAAAAACUGAUUCGGAUGAUCGUUUUGAGUAUUAUUUUUUCUCUAUUGUAUGCGCGAUACGUGCUUUCAGAGAGUGUUGUAGAAAAAUUAUUAUUGUGGAUGAUGCUCAUUUGAAUAGAAAGUAUAAAGGCAUCAUCUUGCAUGCAGUGGCCAUGGAUGGCAACAAUCAGAUAUUGCCUAUUGGGUAUGGAAUUUGCCCAAAAGAGACUAAGGAUUCUUGGACAUGGUUUCUUGAAAAACUACAUGAAUGCAUUGGUGAUGUGGAAGGUCUGACAAUGGUCAAAGAUAGGGGAACCGCAAUUACUGACGUAUACCCUCUUGAUUGGGAGGUUCUGGAUGACCUUGUGGUUGUUAACCCUCCUGUGAUGGAAAUACGUCAAGCCAGUAGACCAAAAAAAAACCAAUCGUAUUCCCUCUCAAAGUGA